CGGCUCGGGCCGGCCUCUCCUCCGCCCGGCUCGGGCCGCACGUGGGGCCUGGCCCUCCCUCUCCCCGCAGGCCGGGAGCCGGGCUCGCGCCGGCUCGGGCGGACAGGCUGGCCGAGCCGAUGGCUGGCGGCUGGAUGCUGCUGGGCGGGGAUUUCCUGACCCCGCAGCCGCCGCCGCCGCUGCCCCCGGUGCCGCCUCCGGAGCAGCCGCCGCCGCCCCCGGAGCCCGAGGCGGUGCCCGAGCCGGUGCUGGAGCAGUGGCGCCAGUACCAGGAGAGCGACUGGCACUGGGGGCUGCGCCGCCAGUUCAUCCUCCGCCACCUGGCCAGUUACCCGGGCGCCGCGAUCGACCAGCUGCUGUCGCUCUCCGUGCUCUGGACCAACCACGUCUUCAUGGGCUGCAGGUAUGGCUCGCAAGUUAUGGAGAAAGUCUUCAAGAUGGCUGAAGGUAUCGAUAUUGGGGAGAUGCCAUCGUUCGAGCUGGUACCUCCUGCUAAGCCACCAAAAAGACCCUGCUCUCCACCUUGCUCUCCCUAUGCCAAUCCAGAGCCUCCCAAAAAAGUCCUCCCCAGGUUCCGCGUGAGACCUCGUUUUGAGCCUGUACACUUUGUAGCCAGUAGUGAAAAAGAUGAAAGAAAAGAAGAUCCUUCAGACAACCAAACACAGGAGUCAAACAAGGAUGCAAACACAAACAGCACUGCCCAGUCUGUCGAAAACUAUGUGGAUUUUGUUUUUAACAGUUUCAAUACCCAGGAAGCAGAUCCCCAGUUCUCCAACUCGGUGGGUUUUGGUUAUGCAAGUAGCCAGACAACCGCCACCAGUGUGGUUUUGAACAGCAUGGACACUACCCAGAGUGGUGCUCCACAACUUUCCACUUCCUCUUCAGUUCUCCAGUCUUCAUCAGAUACGUUCUCCCAGUCAGUUAUCACAGCAAAGCAGUAUUUUAUUGACAGACUCUCAGCAGCAAUCUGGAAGAAUCUUGCUAACCCAGAUGCUAACACUGGGACUGAUAAAAUUAACUAUACAUAUUUGUUGACUCGGUCAAUUCAGGCAUGUAAGACAAAUCCUGAAUAUAUUUAUGCUCCUCUAAAAGAAAUUGCCCCUGCCGACCUCCCAAAAAAUAAGAAGCUUCCAACAGAUGGCUUUGCUUGUGAAGUGAGAUGCCAAAAUGUCUACUUAACUACUGGUUAUGCUGGCAGCAAAAAUGGAUCCAGGGAUCGAGCCACAGAAUUAGCAGUCAAGCUGUUGCAAAAGUCUGUGGAAGUUAAAGUUGCUCAGCGGAAGUUCAAACAUACCUAUCGAGAGGACUUAAUAGUGUGUGAGUCCGGCACAUGCCCGCAGGAAUUGCCUCCUGCUCUCAAACAGCUUGACGACUUUCUAGCUGCCAACAAAGAUUUUUCAUCUGGGCAGUCUGGUUCUGAUCCCUUGCAAGGUUCUAGUAAUUCAACCAAACACUGGACUAAUUUUGUCCUCACGGAAAAUGCUAGCGAUGCUAUAGGGAUACUUAACAACUCGGCUUCAUUUAACAAAAUGUCAGUUGAAUACAAAUAUGACUUAAUGUCAAACCGCUCAUGGCGCUGUAGAGUGUUUUUACAAGACCACUGCUUAGCCGAGGGAUACGGCAGUAAGAAAACUAGCAAACAUGCAGCUGCAGAUGAGGCUUUGAAAAUUCUUCAAAAGAUGCAGUCCAAUGUGGCACCCAUCAAAACAACCCAGGUUCAGAAAGUGGGCUGUUCAUCCCGGAGUUCUGGCAAAAAGAAAGACCUGAAGGAUCUUGUUAUCUAUGAGAACUCUGAGAAUCCCGUGUGCACACUGAACGACACUGCUCAGUUCAACAAGAUGACAGUGGAAUAUGUCUUCGAAAGGAUGACGGGCAUGCGGUGGAAGUGUAAGGUGAUGCUAGAAAACGAGUUCAUUGCUGAAGCAGUUGGGGUUAAGAAAUCUGUGAAGCACGAGGCGGCGGAGGAAGCUGUGAAAAUCCUCAAAAAGACACAGCCGACUGUCGUCAAUAACCUGAAGAAGGGCACCAUCGAAGACGUCAUCUCAAGAAAUGAGAUUCGGGGCCGCUCAGCAGAAGAGGCUUUCAAACAGAAGAUUAAAGAAGACAACAUAGGGAAUCAGAUUUUAAGAAAAAUGGGCUGGACAGGUGGUGGGUUAGGGAAAGAUGGCGAAGGGAUACGAGAGCCUAUUGCAGUAAAGGAGCAAUUUAAAAGGGAAGGACUCGGGCUUGAUGUGGAAAGGGUGAACAAAAUUGCUAAAAGAGAUAUUGAGCAAAUCAUUCGAAAUUAUGCGCGCUCAGAUAGUCAUGUUGACUUGACUUUUUCUACAGAACUUACCAAUGACGAGCGGAAGCAGAUACAUCAAAUUGCCCAAAAAUAUGGUCUUAAAAGUAAAUCCCAUGGGCAGGGCCAUGAUAGAUUCUUGGUGGUAAGCAGAAAGAGACGUAAGGAAGACUUAUUAGACCAACUGAAGCAAGAAGGCCAUGUUGGACAUUAUGAACUUAUUAUGCCUCAAGCUAAUUGAGCUUCAUGGUGUCCAAUUUCAUUGGUGAAUGCAUAAGGAGAUGGAGUUUCCUAGAUCCCUAAUUAAAGAAACAGAUGCUGCAUUUUCUUGUUGUGGGAUAUAUUAAUAUUAUGUUUUACUUUGCUCAUUUAAUUUCUAAAACUUUAUUAGAAAAAGAACUUACAAAGUUCUGUCCAAUUGUAUUAGCACAACCCAGCAGCCAAUAGUGCAGUUACUGUAUGUGUCUUUGAUAUUACUUGUUCCUUCACAUUUUAAUAGUUUUGUAAUAGCAAAAACACAUGUCCAACCACAAAAAAAUUGACACCAUUUAAAAUGAUAGUUCCCUUAUUCUUUUUGCCCCAGGAAAGAAAUUUUGCCUUUUAAAAGCAGAGGAAAUGCAGUUCAGAGAAAAAAUAUGUAAAGUUGGUAUUAACUACAAUAAAAAUACAGUUUUAUUUCCAGAAAAAAACAGGAUUUGCCACAUUUUGUAUGUAUCUUAAAUUUUGUGUGAAACCUCAAUUCUAGAAGAGUUAGCAAAGUAAAAUGUCUCUACCGUGUGUGUGUGUGUUUAUGUGGGGAAAAGUCUUUAACCAGCUUAACAAUUCAACUUUCUUUAUAACUAGUGUUCCAGUUUAUUCAUAAAUUUCUGCUAUGCUGAGAAUUAAUGAAUGCACCCUAAUCAACUUUGUACUAAACUGAGUUAUUGCCAGAAGGAUUUUUACCUAGAAGUACUGCUUGACAUGUGCAAAUGCCAUGUGGCACGUAAAAACCUAUUUUUACUUUGACUCUGAGCUCUUAACCCUGAGCAAAAUCAAAUUGUGCUUCAUUAUUUCUAUCCACUACAUUAAUGUAUCUGUGCUUGUGUAUGUCAAGGAGAGAUUCACAAGUAAAAGUCUUGUGCUGCUCCAAUA